AUUUAUUUUUAAAAAGCACAGUUUGCCAAUUUUAUAAACCUGAAUCCUUAAAGUGAUGUCUGAAACGGAAGCAAAUGUUUGUCAGGAAUGCGGCUGUCGAUGCGAGAGUUGCGUCAAUAAUAACUCAAUUCAUUUGCACCGGGAGAUUGAACAUCUAAAAAAACAACUGACCGAAAGGGAGUUCCAUAUAAUGUCUAUGGAAAGUCAGAUUAUGCUUCACGCCAGACGGUUCCCAAAUGGAGAGAUGAAUGCUAUGCAAGAAAGUCUGCUCUUUUGGCAGGAAAAGUAUGAACGAUUAUUAGAAGGUCACCGAAAAUUGCAAAAAGUAAACCAAGGGUUAGAAGACAAACUGUUGAGAAUCGCCGAUAAGUUUGAAAACGAUAAGGUUGUGCUGACCAGAGAUGUCACUGAACUGACCAAUCGACUCGUCGACGCUCGCGUAUCGAUGGCUGAGAUGGAAGAGGAGAGCGAUCAAUACAAGAAUGAUUGCAAUAUUGCCAUUCAAUUAUUACAAUGCAAACCAUCAAAUUUUGUGUCUCAUAAGUUUAAUGCCUUGCCGCCAGAUAUUCAAGAAAAAGUAAAGCUUCAAUUGAAUCACCGACGAUCAAGAAGUAAUCCAUGCAAUUCAACGGUAAUUGAUAUGACUGGAGUGACCAACAAUUCUGAGACGAAUAACGGCGCGCGAGUCAUACGAGUGCCAAUACCGACAUUCCCUCCGACGGCUAUGUUUUAUUCAGUUAAUAAAACAAAUGAAGAAUCGCUUCCAUUAAGCAAUAAUAAACUAAACAAUCAUCAAAACGAAUCAAAUGGUUGUCCCGAUUAUGUGUCGGCAGCUAUAAUGGCAAAAGUAUUAGAGGAAAGAGAUAAAGAAAGGAGGUUUAAAAAGACACAGAAGUGCCAUCAAUGUCGCAAUCGACGAGCGUUUAUUCAAUACAUUGACGAAGAAACACAAACAAACAAUGGUGUUCUUAGGGAUGAAGACUAUCAUUACUCGAAUACUAUUUUUAAUAGACAAAGAUCUGAGUCUUCCUCAAGUAUGGAAUCUAUUAAUAAUUAUAGUACCACUUCUUCAACCACAACAACAACAACGGUAUUCAAGAAUUGCAACGAAACUAUUAUUAUAUAAUUAAAGAUUUUUAAUGAUAAGAUUUUUUAG